CAUCACAUCAAUUGCCCCACAAUCAACAGUCAAUUAUUCCUUUCCUUCAACAACAAAAAAAAGAAAAAAAAAAAGACGCUUACUUGCUCAAUGGCUACACAUUCAAGUCCCGGAUUCUUUGGUCGCCGUACACUGUCUAGUCCAAAGACCUCUGUGUCCAAAGAUAAUGAUGCCCUUCGGAUUGGCAUUCUUGGGGCCGCGAAUAUCGCACCUGAUGGUCUGAUUAAUCCUGCGAAAACCAUGAGGUCCAUUGUGGUUGUAUCUGUUGCUGCACGCGAUGAAGCUAAGGCAAAGGAAUUUGCCGCCAAGAAUGAAAUCCCAAACACCCACCCAUCGUAUGAUGCUCUCAUUAAUGACCCCAGUAUCGACUGCAUCUAUAACCCUUUACCCAACGGCCUUCACUAUAUUUGGACCAAAAAGGCCCUUGAGGCUGGAAAGCAUGUUUUGCUUGAAAAACCUGCUGCCUCCAAUGCAGAGCAGACGAAGGAACUGUUCGAAUUGGCCAAGGCAAAGAAUCUGGUGCUAUUGGAAGCAUUCCAUAAUCGAUUUCAUCCUGCCUCGCUCCGAUUUCGAGAUAUCUUACAGAAACAUAUUGCGGAAGGUCAUCCAUUAAAACACAUUCAGGCCGUCAUCGCGCUCCCUCCUCUUUUACCACCCACGGAUAUACGCUUUGACUGGAACCUUGCUGGAGGGACCAUGAUGGAUGUGGGUUGUUAUCUGAUCAACGCUGUUCGGUUCUUUACAGGAUUAGAAGUCGAGAGUGUUGAGAGUGCAGUGCCCAAGAUUGUGGCCGAAAACGUGGAUGGACGGAUGGACUGUGUCUUUAAAAUGAAGGGACCUCAUAGCAAUGGCGUCUUGGCUCAAACCACAGCCAGCUUAACCAAUCCUUGGUUAUCCCUUCAGACCUAUCUCGAGAUCAUCCCUAAAUUUAUCGCGGAGACUGACGACAAGGUCUUUACCUUUGGAGUCUUUUUGCUUCCUGGUAUGUAUCAUUAUAUGACCAUUAAGGACAAGGUGACAGGAAAGACUGAAAACUUGCCCAAAGUCUACGGGGAUGGCCAUUCAUCGCACAAAUUCCAAUUGGAGGCAUUUGUCAAAGCUGUCAAGAACCAUGGGAAGGAUGUAGAAUCGAUUCCUGGAUGGGUAACGGGCGAGGACAGUGUCUUGAACAUGCAGGCCCUUGAUGAUGUCUACAGACGCGCAGGCAUGAAAGUCCGAGAGUGAUGAAUCAAAAAAGGAAAUAUACAAUAUAUACAAUAAAAGAUAUAUAUUACACGUACGGUAACCUCACAGUACAAGGGAAGAUAGUCGUCAAAAAUGACCAAUUGGGUGCGGGUCUCCUUGUUUCAAGGUUACUAUUUGAUCUCUGUUG